CUCGGUGCUGUCGAGCUCAGAAGAGAGAGGGAGCAAGAGGACUAGUCGAAGGCUGGGCUGCGCUGCUGCUGCUGCUGCCGCCGCCGCCGCCGCCGCUCCCGCUGCUCCUCCUCUGAGGCUCCCGCCUCACUGCGGCGCUAGCCUGAAUCCAGAGUCUCCCGGCAGUUUCCAAGAGAGGAGUGGAUUUUAUACAUUCGUCGCAAGGUUUCAGCAUUCUCCUCCUUUACUCUUCUUAUCCUUGCUGGGGCGGCUUCCUUUCCAGUACAAGAGAAAAAUACACAGAGCCUCAGAAAGCGCCGCGAAUUUCGUCGUCCCAUCGCCUUUUUCGAUUUCAGACUUGCAUGUGGUAUAUUUUUCUUUUCAAGGACAUAAUCGAAUUUCCAUCUGGAUUUUGCCUUUGGCUGCUUUUUUCCCGGAAGUCAGUGUCUACUUUUGAAAAAAGGGGGUGGAAGUAAAAAUCACCGUCAGCCCAUUGCUCAACUCCGGGGCGAGAGGAUCCAGAGGGACAGCUGCUUCCCAGCCUCGGGAAGGAGCCUGCGCCCCGGCGGCUCUCGCCGAUUGCGCCCAUCCGCGGUGUUUUGUUUCGUGCGUUUUUGCUUUAAUUGAAAAGGACUUGGCAAUCGUAUCGAUCACAGGAAUUUUUUUUGCUCCCAUCUCCUCCCCGCUCCCCCCACACACCUCUUGUGGCUUUGGAAGAUGUUACUCUCCAAGUUUGGCUCGCUUGCUCACCUUUGCAACCCGACCAGCAUGGACCACUUGCCGGUGAAGAUCCUGCAGCCAGUGAAAGUGGAGAAGGAGCCGUUCGAUAAAAUCUAUCAAGUAGGCUCUGUGCUAGGCAGCGGGGGAUUUGGCACGGUCUAUGCCGGGAACAGGAUCGCAGAUGGCUUGCCGGUUGCCGUGAAGCAUGUGGUGAAGGAGAGAGUGACAGAGUGGGGCACAAUUGGAGGAGUAAUGGUGCCCUUGGAAAUAGUCCUGCUGAAGAAAGUAGGUUCAGGCUUCCGAGGCGUGAUCAAGCUUCUGGACUGGUAUGAGAGGCCUGACGGCUACUUGAUUAUCAUGGAAAGGCCAGACCUGGUGAAAGACCUCUUUGACUUCAUCACCGAGAAGGGAGCCCUGGAUGAAGAGACAGCCCGGAGCUUUUUCCGACAAGUCCUGGAGGCAGUGCGCCAUUGCUACAACUGCGGUGUGGUGCACAGAGACAUCAAAGAUGAGAAUCUCCUGGUAGAUCUCAGGACAGGAGAACUGAAGCUGAUAGAUUUUGGGUCUGGAGCCAUCCUCAAGGAUACAGUAUACACCGAUUUUGAUGGGACACGUGUAUACAGUCCUCCAGAAUGGAUUCGCUACCACAGAUACCAUGGAAGAUCUGCAACGGUGUGGUCACUGGGUGUCCUGCUGUAUGACAUGGUCUGCGGAGACAUUCCUUUUGAGCAAGACGAAGAGAUCUUGAGAGGACGGUUAUACUUUCGAAGAAGAAUUUCACCUGAAUGCCAACAACUGAUCAAAUGGUGCCUUUCACUGAGGCCUUCAGAUAGACCAACACUUGAGCAAAUUUUCGACCACCCAUGGAUGCACAAGUCAGAAGUUGUGAAGUCAGAAGACUGUGAUAUAAGGCUACGGACCAUUGACACGGAUGUGUCUAGCACAAGCUCAAGCAAUGAGAGCCUGUGAAAUACUGAGGAACUUGCAAAGGGAGGGGAGCUACAAGCAGGAAAAAAAAGACCUGACUGCUGCUGCUGCCAAUAUGUAGGAGGGGCUAGAAAAAAUGCAUUCAUUAUUCUGUAGUUUGAAUCUUUGUCUGAGGGAAUUGAUUUUUAUUUCCCCACCCCCUUUUUGCUGGUUUCUGCUUUGGAAUGAGAGAUUUCCUUUGGAAACGCUGAUGUUUGGAAGUUUGCAGGCCAGUACUUAGUCAAAAGACUGACCUUUUUAUUAAGAAAAGCAGUGACCUCUUUAAAUAACAUGGUAAACCUUUUUGCUCUCAUAGAGCCUGGACUAGAUUUUAUUUGCUUUUUGAGUGCCUUUUUGAAAGCUGCUUCAGUGGGACUUUCGUUUUUGAGCUGUGUAUGUCCAAAGAAGAUCCAGCACAUUAUAGGACUUUGCUCCCCUUACCUACUACAAAUGCUGGCAGGGAAGCAACUCCUAUGAUGCAUUGGAGAACAUGUUCAGUGAUUGAAUGAAGUAGUCCCAUCCACUGGUGAUGGAAUACUUGAACACAAACAUUUCACUCCUUCCUAGCUCUUUUCCAGCCCUCCUCCCCCAAGACAACCUCUGCUGCUCCACAAUAUAUUUCCAAUAGACUGCACAGGUUAUCAGCUGUUUUAUCAGGAACACUCACUCAUAUUUCAUUUCAUCAUCUCUACCACUGGGCACAAAAAAGGCCCUUUCUCAACUCCCCCAACCUGCAAGUCUUAAAAGUAUGUAUGGGCAUGUUAAAUGCACAAUCAAUGCAAUAUUCAAGGACUUUGUGUGUGUUUUUUUCCAUACCUGUAUAAUGUGUUUUAUGUAAAUUUUGGUUUCUCCCCCCCCCCAUGUAUUAUGCAGUUUUAUUUAUUGUCUGGAAUUUAGAAGACCUCUCACAGUCUCAUCUGUGGCUAUUUAUUUUAGCUAAUUUAUUUGUUUAGAAUUAUUCAGCACUGUGCUCUUUCUCUCUCUCCAUCCCCCGUCAUGGGAAUUCUUAUGGUUAGUCCACAACUUGUUCUUGCAUUCCUCUUUUUCCUCUUUUUUUUUUUUUUUGGUUUAAAGAAAAAAAAUUAAAGUCUGACCAUACCUUUUUUAUUUUUGGUUGGAAGAUGGAAAAUUGUUGUACAAAGUCUAAUUUAAGGGAACUAGAAUGACUUUAAAAGUUAGUCAGUAUGCCUUUUUUGUCUGGUAUUAUUUACAUACCAGAACUGUAAAGUAAUGCUGUUUGGAAGGGUUUUAAAUUAUUGACAUUGUACAGUCUUUGUGCAUUGGCUCUGGAAGGAAGAGUGGCAGAGUCAUAAACUUUAAUUUAUUUUAAUAGCUGUGUGUUCUGUGAUCUGGUUGCAUUUAUGCAGCUUUGAUUUGGAUUUUUUUUCUCUUCUGUUUAACAGUGUGAAAUGUAUGGAGAUCAUAUUUUUUUAUACAGGUAUUUCAAUUAAACUUUUUUGUAGAUAAA